UCACUCAAUUAUAAAUAAGCCGCAAUUUCUAGCAUCAAAACAAACAAAUAAUAUUAAAACGCAAAAUAUAUUAUACCCAUGUGAUGGAGGCCAUUAAUUUCAACGAUUUCACGCCUAAGGAGCGCUAUGAGAUCAUCAAAGACUUUCUGGUAAAAAUGCGCAAAGCCGGUUCCAAACCAAGCAAGGAUUUGCAUGUGCAUAGAUUCUUUGAACAUUAUUUGCGAAAAUUCUACAAACUUCCCAAGCAAUUGGUCAACGAUAUUGCAUACUGCCAACGGGCCAUGAAAACACAUUUGGCGAUCCAUCAGACAAUCGUUGGGGUUUUCGGGCAACAGGCGGAUGCAGAUCCGGUGAUCAAGAACAACUACAUAAGCGAACUAGAGGAGAUCUUGUACGAAUUAAAUGCAGAAUGUAACUACUUGGUGCUUCGUCUCCAGGACGACAUAGAUCGUUUUUGCUUGGCUUUUACUGAGCAGGACCUUAAGCCAAACGAACUAGUGGUGACGGAAAUUGUAAGUCAAGCAAUUGUGCCGCUCAUAAUUGCCCCGGAACUUUCUAUCAAGCCUUAUUUCGCUUUGGAGCGACCCACCGAAAGCGAGUUGCUUAUGAAGUAUUUUAUAAUAGACGGUGUAGAACCCGCCGUAAAAGUUCAGACAAUUGUGGAACCCCCGAAACCACCGCCCUUUUCAAACGCCAACCUGGAGGUGAAGAAAAGUCGUCUCAACCUGCAGGCUGCUCUUAAACGAGCUCGUUGCAAUCCCAAGCCCGCAGAGAAUAACCAGGAAGAUGACCAUCCUAAACUCACAAAGGAUUUCUUUAUGCAAUCCGUGGGUCUUUGCACGCAUGCAGAGCAUAAAAAACUUAAGUUGUCCAGGGUUUUGCUCCAGAAGCGUAAGCCUAAACCAACUAAGAAAACCAAAUAAUUUCCGUCAAUUCUCAACAUGGAAACAUAUGUUUUUGUUUGUUUCCAAGAGGUGUUUAUAAGAAUGUUUAUGUUUAAAUAGGCUUAAAGGACGUAAGCACAGAGUAACGUGAAUAAACCUGUAGAACAAUUAGACUAACUCAUAUGCCAUCUCACAACCUCAAAGGGAAUAAUAUGUUUAGGAUUGUCCUUAAUAAUAUUCUAGUGCUAAAAAAAGAGUGGAGUCAUUUAGUUUGACCAUUAAAGUUUUAAAAUGAAGCAAUAACCAGAUAUGUUCAGAUAAUAAAGUGCUUUCGAAUCAGAAAUUUUUGAAUAAGUACCUUACGAGGCGUAACAUAUUUACAUUUUUCAUUU